CUUCUCUCUUUGCUGUUCCGCACUACUAUUCUCUCUCUCUCUCUCUCUCUCUCUUAUCUCCUCUUACCCACCACCCUCUUCAACCCCCCUUUCAAUUCUCUUUGCUUUUAACUUACAACAAUAGAUUUAGCUUCGUCUCUUCUCAAGCAACCAUGUUGUCUCUUGUUUCUUACAUUCUCACCCUGUUGCCUCCUCCCCAACACAAACACUUUUCUCUCUUAACCUAAAUAUCCCCUAACCUUUUAUUACUUUUUCCUUCUUCUCCACUAUAAAUUCUAAGUAACCAAAAUUUUAUAAGAUUACUGUUUCUUAGUUAUCUCAGGUUAUGUUUAAGGUGGUCCGCCGGCUUCACUACUUCUAAGGUAGUAGUAGUAGUACUUCUAGGGCCCCAUCUCUUUAUUUCCAGCUUUCUUCUUCUAAUUAAUUACCACUAAUUCUUCAUUACCUUUUGUUUUUCCUUUUCGUUUUUCUCCACACUCUCUCUCUCUUUCCAAAUUAGAUUAGUAUUUUGAUUUAGUCUAAACAUGGAGUUUUAAUAGCCUUAUCUCUUACAAGAAGGAUAUUCGAGCUAGCUAGGUUACAUAGAUUUAGUUAAACAGACUUCUCAACUUCUAUUUUCAUGUUAUGUUAAUGUGUAAACUUAGCUGAAGAAGAAAGAUUAUUAGGGUUUUUCAUAAUUAGUUACUAGUACUGUUUUAGGUUUAUAAGAAAAGAGUUAAUUAGGGUUUAAGUUAAAAAUGGCAUUAGCUGGUGAGGAUAAGGAAAUGAGAAUGCAAGGGUCAUUAGGGUAUCAUUCACUUGAUCAGAACUUAGAUCAAAGUAACCACCACCACCACCAACCCAACAACAAUAAUAAUCUACAGCCACAACAAGAUCAUGAAAAAUCAUCUACGGGUGGUGGUACUGGUUCAGCACCUCCAGUAGUUGUACCAUAUUCCAGUGGCGGAUCUACUAAUAAUAAAUUUAAGAUAACAUCACGAGCAAGGUAUCGUGAAUGUCUGAAGAAUCAUGCGGCUAGCAUUGGAGGAAAUGUUACUGACGGAUGUGGUGAGUUUAUGCCUAGUGGAGAAGAAGGAACGCUUGAGGCGUUAAAAUGUGCUGCUUGUAAUUGCCACCGUAAUUUUCACAGAAAAGAACAACCAAAUGUUGAUAAUAAUAAUGCUGGUAUUAUGGUUGUACAUCCGCUUCAGCUUCCUCAACCACUGCCUUCUCCGCUUCCGUCGAUGAACCAUCACCAUCAGCACGGCCGCUCAGUUUGGAGUACAAUGCCGCCACAGCCUGUCAAAAUGGCCUUCGGAGGCAGCGGCGGAGGUGGAAGUGGAGCUACGGACUCAUCAAGUGAAGAACUUAACUUCAACACUUAUCAGCAGGCAACCUCAGUGCCUCCACAACCACAACCACCAUUUAUGUUAGCCAAGAAACGGUUUCGGACAAAGUUCACUCAAGACCAGAAGGAAAAAAUGUUGGAAUUUGCAGAGAAAUUAGGGUGGAGAAUUCCAAGAGAAGAUGACACUGAAGUACAAAGAUUCUGCUCUCAAGUUGGGGUGAAGAGACAGGUUUUUAAGGUUUGGAUGCAUAAUAAUAAGAACCCGUCUGCUAAAAAGAACCCACAAGAACCUUAAGGGAACAAAAAUUCUGUUCAAUGUCUUGGGAAUUGGCUGCUGCAUAUGUAAUCUUUAUUUAGGAAUCGUACGUAGCCAGUUUUUUUUUCUAUGUAGCGUUGUAACUAUGAAACUCUUAAUUAGAUUUUAUUGUUGUACUUGGAACCUUUAUUCAUCCGAAUUUUCAGCUCA